CGCGGAUCAGACUGACGUGAGGUGCCGGGGAAUCCCGCUGCUCUAGCCGCGUCACUGAGCAAUGAUCACCGCCCACAGACAGUGAUCUCCGGCGCUCUGACUGCGCUCAUGUUUGCUCAUGUGCUGAAGCUGCUGCUUAUUAUACUGGGGCUCUGUAGUGCUGUUUAGCUUCUAAACGGCUGGCUUUGACAUUAUACAGAUAUGAGCUUUAACAGUGAAAUGGACAGAAUUCCCCGUCCGUCCACACCCUGACGCGAGAGUCGGAGAGGAAGGCGCUUCCCCCUGAGCUCAGACCGGAGAGGAAGGCUCUUAUUCGGUCAGAUGGCGUGCCGCAGUCCGCCCACGCGUUUCUCGCGCCCACACAGGCAGCGAAAGGAGCGUCAUUAACUCACCGCUACUGCCAGCACAGCAGAGCACAGCCGAGACAACAGAACACAAGAGUUUCAAGAAUAAUUUACUUCAGUCUCACAUCUGUAGAAUAAGGUCUAACAAGCACAGAAAACAAAUCAAUUAGGCUACGUGACAGAGGCGUAAAGAUACAAGUCUGUUAACAGAACGAAAAGUUUGAUUGAUUUUGAGUUGAGUUACAGAGGGUAAAAUCCGAUAGAUUCGGUCGUCUCGGACACUGGAAGCUCAAGUGUUCUGCUGGAUCCUGUCCUGGGUUCUGUCUCGAAGCCUCUCGAGCUGAGCAUUAGGAUGUCACUACCACGGACGCUGGGUGAGCUGCAGCUCUACCGAGUUUUACAAAGGGCCAACCUGCUGAUGUACUAUGACACCUUCAUCCAGCAGGGAGGUGAUGAUGUCCAACAGCUGUGCGAGGCUGGCGAAGAGGAAUUUCUCGAGAUCAUGGCACUAGUUGGCAUGGCCACAAAACCCCUGCAUGUGCGGCGUUUGCAGAAGGCUCUGCGCGACUGGGCAGCAAACCCAACGCUGUUCAACCAACCUCUGGCCAGCAAUGUGGCCCCUUGUGGAAUCCCUCUCCUUAGGAUUGACAGUAGCAGCGCUGCUGGCUCAGUGGUUAUGGGUGCCAGAAAAUCUUUAAGCAAUGGUCAGCCAGGCUCUCCGUGUGAAAGAGAGGAAGUAGGAUCUUGCCUUACGCCACUUAGAGAUAACAGUCCAAAGAGCCCCUGCUCACAGGCCUCUCCUGUUCCUCCAGACCAUCUGUACAGAGAAAAACUGUCCCCCAUGGAUCCUCACUGGCUCAGUCCUGAAAUGUAUGGAGCUGCUGAUUUAGAUGAAGAACAGCCCAUUACCCCUCUGCCUUUCGCUUGCCACUCGCGUCUUCUUGGUCCUCCGACUCCAACUUCUUCUUCAUCCCCCUCCUCUAUGACCUCUCCGUGGCCCGGAGGUCAGCUGGACCCAGAGACCAUUAAAGCCGUGGAGGAAAGCGUUGAUAGGCUUCUAAGAACCAUGCCGCAAGCAGAUCAAACCGAGGUGAAGACACUUUUGAGACACAAUAAGAAAAUGGCUAAGACGGUGGGACACAUUUUCAGCCUGGAACCUCAAGACAAGAGCAAAGAGGAGGAGAUUCGCAAAUACAGCCUGAUCUAUGGCCGCUUUGACUCCAAGAGGAGGGAAGGGAAACAGCUCACCCAUCACGAGAUGCUCAUCAAUGAGGCUGCAGCUCAAUUCUGCAUCCGUGACAAUGCUCUGUUGUUACGUAGAGUUGAACUGUUCUCUUUAGCACGACAAGUGGCGAGAGAAUGUGCCUACACGUCAACAUUUAAACAUAACAGGACAUACUCAGAUGAUUGUACUGCCUCUGUUGACUGUUCUGCUCAGAAGAGAAUCAAGCUUGAUGUCCUAGAUCCUGACAGACUGGCUAAGGAUCCAGCAGCCAACAGUGACAACAGAUCUACAGCAGAUGACAACAGCCUCUCUGGAGAAAGUCUAGAUAGUUUAACACAAGAGAUGGAGGAGAAAGUGUCAGAGAGGAGAGGAUCAAGUAACAGAAGCAGUCCAGCAAACACCAAAGACGAUCCAUAACUAACAGUCCACAAGUCUCAUGUUGAACUCAGGUUGGAUAUCAUGUCUAAAUGCCGCCGUGGUGUUCGGUUGGCUAUGUUGAAUAGUCCUGUUCUGUAUAUCUUGUAUGCACCGUAUGUUCUGUUAGAACAUUUAAAGACGUUUAGCAGAAAGUUCUUUGGUCUUUGCAAAUGAAAUUUGAAGCACAUACAGAUUGUUACAACAAAUACAUUUCAAUGAUACUUUGACCUACCAGUAAAUAAUGUCAGUAAAAAGCUUCAAUGGUGCUAAUUUAGUUUCAGAAAAUUCUAGAAUCAAAUCGCAUCUGCAUCCAUUACCCAAACCUUAAUUUAUUAGGAUAGAUGACAUGCUUCUCGUUCUAAGCAGAGCUGUGAGACAUUGGGAUGCAAGUCUCAUUCCAUUUUCUCAGUUUUGAUGAAGUUCUAACAAAAGUUUGGUAGGAGCAUGUUUAUUUAAUCCAACUAAUCACAACACUAGAAUAAAUAUAUAUAUAUAUAUACACUGCUCAAACACUUUAUUAUGUACAGCGUGCAAAACACAUUUACAUUUACAAGUUUUGGAUUAUAUUAACAUGUGAAAUCCUGAAUUUGACUAUAUUAAGAACCGUGACACUAGUUGCUGAUGCAGUAAAUAUUAAUAUAUCAACGCUAAAUGCACAUAUUAGAUCUCACAGGUUACAAAAUGUAAAUGACUCAAAUGAAUCAUGGGGGGAAAAAUGUAUUCUCACUGUUUAAAGGUUGAAUGGCUAAUGAAUUUGUAAGAAUUGUGCGUUACAGCGCUAAUGUUAGAAAUAUAUAUGUGGCCUCUUCAAUGACAGAUUAUUUAUUUUUUAAUUUCUCAAUAAAUUAUAUUGUAAUGUUUCUCUUGUUUACUUCUCUAGAUUGUUAAUUUUAUUUUGACAAAAGUGUAAAAAUAGAAACUUGUUAUUGCAACAUGCAGAAUAUUGCUGAUUUAUACUGCUUUUGUCUGAGGUCUUUACAGUAUUGUAUGUGAAAAUGUAUAGACAAUUUUGAUAUUUCUGUCUCAUUUCUGACACACGGUUCCACCACCCACACUUACCCUAGUCAUCUCAACAAACCAAGACAGAUGAUGCCUGUGAUUCACUAGCCCUACCCUGCCAUCAUCAUCAUCAUCAUCAAGCUCACAGAUGGGGAAGUGUUUGGGAAAACUGUCUGAAAAAAGUAGUUAUUGUUUCAGUUGUCUGGUGCCACUCUAGUGGCUAAUUCACUCAUUUAUCAAUGGCUAAUCAAUAAAUUGAUUUUAUUUGAGUAGUAUGCUUGUAAAGACCUAUAAUUAAAGGGAUAACCAAAAAUUAACCAAAGAUCAAGCCAUUCUUUAUUCUGUGAAACACACAAAAAAGGAUAUUUUGAAAGAUAUUUUGUAGUGUUUUUUGUCUAUAUGAAAUGAAAUGAAAUUCAAGGGAGUCCAGUGCGGUUUCAAACCCUUGUGACAAAAAACAUUCUUCAAAAUAUUCAAGUGUUUU